AUGUGUAUCGUGGUACUCACAACCGCGCACCCAGACUACGCCCUGAUUGUCAUCAACAACAGAGACGAGUACAUCCUGCGCCCGACGUCCCGCCCGCACUGGUGGACGCCAUCACCACGACCAGAAGACUCCACAAGCACAAGCCAACAACAACAACAACAACCAAAACAACAAACAUCACCCCCACAGAUCCUCUCCUCCCGAGACCUGAACCGCCCAGAGCGCGGGACCUGGCUCGGCAUCACCCGGACCGGCAACUUCGCCUGCCUGACAAACUACAGCGAGGCCGACCCCAACGACGCCCGCCACAGCAUCCACGGCGUCCGGUCCCGCGGCGCCAUCGUAUCCGCCUGGUUGGCCGCCCACCCGGCCGAGCGCACCCCGGACUUUGUCCACCGCAUCCUCUCCGGCUCGGGCGUCAAGGGCGUCGGCGGCUUCAGCCUGGUGUGCGGCAAACUCCGCCGCCGCCGCCACCGCCUACAAAGAAAUCACUCCCACCACCACCACCAGCAUGCCGCACGCUCACCACCGGCGGUAAUCCACCCCCUGGCCGUCAUCUCCAACCGCUCCGAGCACCCGGAGCACGUGCCCUACAUCGCCUCGCAGCCGUCCGAGACGCACGGCCUGAGCAACACGGUGUUCGACGCCCCGGGCCCGCCCUGGCCCAAGGUCUCGCGCGGAUGCGACCUGCUCAACCGGACCGUCGCGUCCGCCGUCUCGGCAUCCCUGAGCCAGGACCAGCUGGUCGCGUCGCUCUUCUCCGUGCUGAGCACCGACGACCUGCCGCGCCUGGGCGACGACGUCGCCGCCUUUGAGACCUACCAACCCCUGCUGCGGACGAGCGUCUUCAUCCCGCCGCUGGGCCGGGACGAGAGCUGGCUCGAGACGCGGGACUUUGGCCCGGCUGAUAGGGACGCCGCCAUCGCCGCUCCUUACCCUACCUACCCUCGUCAACAAGACCAGCAACGUCCGCAACUGCCACAACGGCAACAACAGCCUUCGCCGCCCCUAGAACCCACCGAAACCCUGGCAGGGUCGACAUCGAGCACGCCGCAGCCCGACGGCAAGGCCCCCGUCUUCACCACGGGCAUGUACGGCACCCAGCGCCAGACCGUCAUCCUGGUCGACUGGGAAGGAAAUGUGCGCUACACCGAACGUGCACUGUGGGACGAGCUCGGGAACCCCCUCGCGCCGGGUGAGGGUGACGUUACGUUCCGCUUUCAGAUCGAGGGGUGGGACGACGAGUACGACGAUGGUGACGCAGAGGUGGAUAGCGACAAUGUGGGAAACAACGAGCAGGCGGGUUGCUGA